CAGACUCCAUAUUUUUAUGUAAUUAGCCAAACGACCACGAGAUCUGGAGGAACGUAGAACUUGUAUGUGUAUAUUGUUGCUCAGAGAACGUAAGGUUAUGUUUACAAUCUCUUCGGGGUUUCUACUUCGCCUUCUCAAAAGAAAUGCUGGCUAAGUGCCUUUGAUAUAGUGCGUAGGUAGUUGACAUUAGCCUGCUAGUCAGUAAGACUUGCGGCUAACUAGGAAGCUAGCAGCAGCUAGCCAGUUGCAGCUAGGUGAGGCUGACCUGACGCCGCUAGCAGAGUGAACGAGUCAGCUAAUAUAGACUUGGGAAUCAAGUGGUCGUUUUGUUUUACUGGAAUAUUCCUCCUGCGCGUCAUUACUGACAGAUUUGUCUUUGUAUUUGCUGGCGUAGAUGAGCUUGUGUGUGCUGUUGGGACGGUAGCAACACCAUAACACAGAGGCUGGCGGAGGGACAGCUGUCCGGUCCAAGGGUCCCGUCCUGCCCCCUCGCUGCCGCGGGAAUAUGGAAGUCAAAUAAUCAGAAAAACAGUUUGUUAUACUUCAUUGCAGCUAGUUCAGAGAGUCGCCAUGGCAGCCAGCGGCUUCUCCGAUCUCCGGGAGAAACUGAAGUCGAUGACGCCGCACCGGGACGAGCACAAGAGCAAAGUUGCUGUUAGAGACGAGUACCGAAACAAGACCACGGACGAAAGUAACGGAAAUGGACGGAAGCGCAAGUACCGGGAUUCCGAGGAUGAUGAGCUCGAGCACAGUGAUGGUGGGGAAACCCGCGAGCAUGAAGUGAGGCGCGUGAAGAGCGGCAUUACGCAGAAGAGCAUCUUCACACCGGAAGAUUGUGCUCAAAUCGAGGAAAAGAUUGACGAGGUGGUCGCUAACGGGGAGGCGGGGCUUUACCGGGAGCACACGGUAGACCGCGCGCCCCUAAGGAACAAGUACUUCUUCGGAGAAGGCUACACGUACGGGGCGCAGCUGGAGAAACGGGGCCCUGGGCAGGAGCGGCUGUACAGAAAGGGAGAGGUGGAUGACAUUCCGGACUGGGUACACGAGCUAGUGAUAAAGAAGCUCGUGUCUAGCGGAGUGAUACCGGAGGGGUUCGUCAACAGCGCUGUGAUUAAUGACUAUCAACCCGGAGGCUGCAUCGUUUCUCACGUGGACCCGCUGCAUAUCUUCGCACGGCCCAUAGUGUCGGUGUCGUUUUUCAGUGACAGUGCGCUCUGCUUCGGCUGCCGCUUUCAAUUCAAGCCCAUCCGCGUGUCCGAACCCGUGCUCGAGCUACCGGUGAGGAGGGGAAGUGUCACGGUUCUUAGUGGCUACGCAGCUGAUGACAUCACACACUGUAUCCGUCCCCAGGACAUCAAGCAGCGGAGAGCUGUCAUCAUCCUCAGGAAGACAAGACCAGACGCACCCCGCCUGGACGCUGAUGUCACCGUUAGCUCCUCCCCCCAGGAGAGACACGCCCCCCUGAAGGCCCAACGCUCCUCCCACCGUAGAGCUGACCCCAACGCUGCUCACAGGCCGAGGGUUCUGGAGAUGGACAAGGAGGAGAACCGCCGCUCCGCCCUCUCCCGUCAUGGUCGCCAUAGCAACACUUCAGACAGCGUCUGGAGGCGGGGCCAAGAAUACGACAAGCACAGUGAGGGUCGAAAGGUCAAGAUGAGGCGCCACUGAGGACACACACACACACUGUCACACACAUACAUAUACACACAGACACCCACACACCUGUGUGUGAGGAGCUGGGUCAGCCUCCAUGUUCCAGCUGCAGAAAUAGAACCCUGCACACAGACAACUGUCAGCCAAUAAGAUACUGGCCUGGGGACAGGGGGCGGGGUUAUGUGUGUGUUUAGAUCAGUGCCUACCAUGUCCUGUCAGGACAUGUUCCUAUCUCUUCCUCUGCCCGUCUUUCUCUUCCCCCCUCCCUCUCUCUCUCCCCUGUCUCUCUCUCCCCCCCUCACUCUUUC